AUGAACAAUUCCCUGGAUUACCUGGCCUACCCUGCUAUUGUCUCUAAUCAUAGGCAAAGCACAACCUUCAGGAAGAAACUGGACCUUGGCCAUUACCUAUUACACAAGAACAGAAUACAAAUAGUGAAGCCUACUGUAGACACCAAACCUCCAAUGGCACACACACAUCACAUUUUAAAAUUGAGCAAACUCCAGGGCGAACAAAAGAAAAUCGACAAGAUCGAAUAUGAAAAUAAGCAACUGUGUCAGAAAAUCGCCAAUGCCCAUCGUGGCCCUGCCAAGGUGGAUUGCUGGAAUGAGUAUUUCCCCAAAAGCUUAAACAGAGAAGCGAGGAACCGCGAGCUAGUGAAAAUCACCAUGGAAAACCAGGGCAUUCUGAAGAGGCUGGGGGAUCGCAAACCCCACUACGAGCUCAGGGCAUCGGAGAUGGACUGGCAGAAUUCAAGGCGCUAUAUCAGAAAUACAACAAGAUAUCUUCUCUCUCCAAAUCAAUAGCUUACUCACAAUGGAAAGAUACAGAGAAGGCCUUUGGAUUUCUUGGCUGCUCAGAAUCUCAAGACACUCCAAUGUUACAAUAAAGCUUGCCUCAUAAAACAGGGCAGGCAGAAGGAAGGAUGUGAUGA